ACCGAAAUCAUAGUUGAACAGGAUUUGUCGGUCUUUACCUGUUUAGUCGCGCAGGAGUUGUGGGACCUUUAUUUCUAGUUAUACUAGAUACUAGUCAGGAACGGAUUACUGAAAACAUUUUGGAUCAGCUUGAAAUUAAUUGUGCCCGAUUUCAUUGAGUGGAUUAGAAAGAGCUUUUUUGUGAACACUUUACUAGGGGAUAAUUUAUUGUUGUUAUCUGUGCUAAAUCCAGGAUUUUCAAACUUAUUGGGCCAACGAAAAGAAUGGAGAAAACAGCAUGUGUUAUUCUGGUACUAGCUCUCAACAUUGGCCUUACAAUUGGCCUACAGCACUGGGUGUUUAACAGUCCUAGUGCUGAGCCUAGGGAGCUGGUGAUGGACCCACAGGGUUACAAUAAGAUCAGUUAUGUGUUCGACUACGCCACCGCAGGCUACACAAUCAAGUUCCGAGUCAACCCCAAAGACAACACCAUCGACUACGUUGAGAGCGGCCUGAACGAGAACGUCCAGGGCAUCAAGUCCUGCCUGCCCAAGGAAGAAAGCGACAUCGCAUGCACGAACUUUACCAGUCCCGACAGCCCCUGCACUGUAGGCAUUUCCUUACCUUGUAUUCCAGAACUCGGUGGCUCAAGAUGGGACACAACUCUGCUCUUCGAUAUCACCGUCGUGAAAGGGGAGAGAAUGAUGUUGACGGAGUGCUUCGCCGUAUGUUUGGUGAUGGGUUACAGCGAGAGGGAUAAAUACCAGGGAGGUAAUGGGGUAGCGGAGUGGCAGAUUGGGCUGAUUAUCGCCGCUGUGGUGUUGGUGUGUGCGGGGUUGUUGCUAGGGUUGGUGAUGUGGAAGAUGUGCGGGGAUAGGAACAGGACGGGGUAUAUAGAGAAGGGGUAUGCUUUUUAAUUACAUGCAAUUACACACGAUUAGGGGUAUGCUUUUUAAUUACAUGUAAUUACAUAAGACAAGGAGUAUGCUUUUUAAUUACAUGUAUUUAUAUAAAAUAAAGGGGUAUGCUUUUUAAUUACAUGCAAUUACAUAAGACAAAGAGUAUGCUUUUUAAUUACAUGUAAUAAUAUAAGAUAAAGGGGUAUGCUUUUUAAUUACAUGCAAUUACAUAAGAUAAGGGGUAUGCUUUUUGAUUACAUGCAAUUACACACGAUUAGGGGUAUGCUUUUCAAUUACAUGCAAUUACAUAAGAUAAGGGGUAUGCUUUUUAAUUACAUGCAAUUACACACGAUUAGGGGUAUGCUUUUCAAUUACAUGCAAUUACAUAAGAUAAGGGUAUGCUUUUUAAUUACAUGCAAUUACACACGAUUAGGGGUAUGCUUUUCAAUUACAUGCAAUUACAUAAGAUAAGGGGUAUGCUGUUUAAGUACAUUCAAUUACAUAAGAUUAGGGGUAUGCCUUUUAAUUACAUGCAAUUACAUAAGAUUAGGGGUAUGCUUUUUAAUUACACGCAUUACAUCAAAGCAGUGAUAUGCUUUUUAAAUUACAUGCAAUUACAUUAGGUAAGGGGUAUGAUUUUAAAUUUAUAUUUGAUUAGAUUAAAAAUAGAAAUGCUCCUUAAUUACAUGCAAUUACAUUAAAUAAGGGGUAUGCUUUUUAAAUUACUCUCGAUUACAUUAAAGAAGGUAUUUCAUUUUAUUAUUGCAUUUAAAUACAUUCUACUUAACAAAAGAUUAAAAAAAAGAUCACUAUGUUAUUCUUCAGUAUAAGUUGUGUAGUCAUAUUUUUAUUUUAAAAUUUUGAAAAUAUUCUCUAUGUAUGUAUUAAAAAUAAUCCUCACAUUAUUUUUUAAAUAAAAUCUCUUUUUUAAAUAAAUCAACGGUAAGGGGUCAUCCAUAAAUGACGUCACGCUUUUUUUGGGACGGUUUUUACCUCUCCCCCUCCCCUCCGUCACACGUCACACAAAAAGCCAGACCCCCCCCCCUAAAAUGACGUCACACAUCAGCCUACAACCCCCCUCAAAACUGCUGUUUAAUUUUUCUUAAAUAUAUUCUUCCAAAAUCUUGUCAGAACUCUGUCAACAUAGAUUAUUUUGAUCAAUUCCUAUUACAAUUUAUUAAAACCGUUUUCUAAAACGCGUAAUAACGGCUAAAACUCGUUUUUAACAUUGCUUAUUAGAAUGCAAAAAAGUGACGUCACACCAUCUGACCCUCCCCACCCCGCCUUGCCUGUCUUACCCUAAAUAAUUUACUGAGAGCUGUAAUAUAUUUGACUUCAAGUCUCUUUACCUACCCCUGUUAAAUUUCAGGAUAAUACGUUUUUAAUAAUAAUACUUUUUUUUCUUCAUGCGAACAAACAUGCUAUAUAUAAUAUUGUAAUAAUGAAUGCUUGUUUUAAAUGCAUUUACAAGAAAAAACAACAGAUGCUGUAAAUACAUCAUAACACCGAUUUUAAGUGUCCACACAUUACACAUGUAAAUACAUGCAUUGUAAAUUAAGUAGGCCUACCUUAAUGAAUACCACUUUUCUGUUAGCCAUGUUGAACGUCUUUUUUUUUUUAAAUAAAUGUAUGUGUGCCGUUUCUUUUUGUACAGCUUUACGUUAAGUAAAUUGCAUUUUGUAAAUAAAAAGUGCUGCCUUAGUUCUUAAAUACAAUUUAUUAUAGAAUUGUAUCUAAUACUUAUACUUUUCUAUACUUAUGUUGGAAGCGAUUUCAAUUCAUUUUUUUAAAAUAAAAUAAAAACAUAGCAAAAUGUCGAUGAAUAAACUUUUUUUAAUAUUGUUUUACUUUUUAUAGUGGUACUCUUAUGUCUGUCUGGUGCAAGUAAUUAAACCAUGCCUACAUGAGGUCAUAGAACAAUUAAUGUCACAAGAAAAAUACCUAGUCUGCAUAAUAGUAGGCAUAAUAUUUUUAAAAAAAAUUGUUUUAGGCCUAAUAUUUAUUUAUUUAUUUAUUUGUUUAUUUUAUUUAUUUAUUUGUUUAUUUUUUUAGGUAGGCCUAAUACUUAUUUAUUUAUUUGUUUAUUUAUUUAUUAUUAUUAUUUUUAAAUAACAAAAUUGUUUUUAAGUAAAUGAUCAAAAUAAUGCAUUAUUCAAAAGCAGAUGUUAUAUACAACGACAAGGCAUUUUUUUAAAAAAAAGAUCAACCUUAUAAGCACAGUUCACACACAAACUAGCAUUUUUAUUGUAUUAAAAUAAAUAUCUUUAUCUUUGUGUGGUUAAUGAAAAUAUGCAGGUGUGAAAUACAAAUGUUUAAAAAAAACCAGUAAAGUAUUAACUAACAUAAAUAUUUUUUAAGAAUAAAAAUUUUUUUGCUUGUAUAUACACAUAAAAAUAAAGAGAUAUUAACUUAGUUUUCAUCUUAUUUUUUUAGAAAAAUAGCCACCAAAGAAGAGAAGAUAUAUCUGAAUAAUCUUAAUAGCUGUUGUCAUUCUAUACAAUGGGAAUGAAAUGCUGAAUUCCAAAGGGAUGCCUUAUCAAAAAUAAAACAACACACUGAAAUAGUAGCAUGCAGUAUAUAGCUACAAUAACACUUUAAAUUUGCUGGCAUUAUUUGAUACUAAACAUUGUAUUUAUUAAAGUAAGGUUAUACAAAUUAUGUAAUUAUUUCACAUAAUUAUUGAUAGGCUUGACAUGAAAUAAUUUGGCAAAUAGUGUUACUAUUUUAAAAAUUUCUGAAACUCAGAAAAAUGAGUAGAAAUUGGCGAAAAUAUAUUGUAUUCAUAAACCAGUUUUUAUGAAACCUGUUCACUAGAGUCACCCAGUAUUAGAAAAAGCAAUUGGGGGAAAAGAACAGUACUAUAACUU